AUGGUCAACUUUACAGUCGAACAAAUUAGAGAGAUUAUGGGUAAACCAAAUAACAUUCGUAAUAUGUCUGUUAUUGCCCAUGUAGACCAUGGUAAAUCCACACUUACAGAUUCUUUGGUAUGUAAGGCAGGUAUUAUUGCUUCUAAGGCAGCUGGAGAUGCUCGUUUUACAGAUACUCGUGCAGAUGAACAAGAACGCUGUAUUACAAUUAAGUCCACUGGGAUUUCCUUAUUUUUUGAGCAUGAUCUGGAAGAUGGUAAUGGUAGACAGCCAUUUUUGAUCAACUUAAUAGAUUCUCCAGGGCAUGUAGAUUUCUCUUCUGAGGUUACAGCAGCUCUUCGCGUUACAGACGGUGCUUUGGUAGUUGUUGAUGCUGUGGAUGGUGUAUGUAUCCAGACAGAAACAGUCUUAAGACAGGCACUAAAUGAAAGAAUCCGUCCAGUUUUACAUGUUAACAAAGUUGAUAGAGCUCUAUUAGAGUUACAGUGGGAAGCUGAGGAUAUAUAUCAGAAUUUUACUCGUGUUAUUGAGAAUGUGAAUGUUAUUAUUUCUACAUACUCUGAUGCACUUAUGGGUGAUGUUCAGGUAUUCCCUGAGAAAGGGACAGUUUCAUUUGGUUCAGGUUUACAUGGUUGGGCAUUUACUAUUGAAAAAUUUGCUCGUAUAUAUGCCAAGAAAUUCGGAGUUGAGAAGUCUAAAAUGAUGCAACGUUUAUGGGGCGACAACUUCUUCAAUCCUGAUACCAAGAAAUUUACAAAAACCCAUGAAUCGGGCAGCAAGAGAGCUUUUUGUCAAUUUAUUAUGGACCCUAUUUGUCAAUUGUUCAGCUCUAUAAUGAAUGGAGAUAAAUCAAAAUAUGAGAGAAUGUUAACUAAUUUGGGUAUUGAGCUAAAAGGAGAUGAUAAGAAUCUAGUUGAUAAACCUUUACUUAAGAAAGUAAUGCAAUUGUGGCUUAAUGCUGGUGAUACUCUGUUGGAGAUGAUUGUUACACAUCUACCAUCUCCAGCAACAGCUCAGAGAUAUCGUGUUGAGAAUUUAUAUGAAGGUCCUCAAGAUGAUGAGACAGCUAUUGGUAUUAGAAAUUGUGAUGCUAAUGCUCCUUUAUGUAUGUUUGUAUCUAAAAUGGUUCCUACUAGUGAUAAGGGUAGAUUCUACGCUUUUGGUCGUGUAUUUUCAGGGACUGUUGGAACUGGUCAGAAGGUUCGUAUUCAAGGUCCACGAUAUACCCCUGGAAGUAAGGAGGAUUUAAAUAUUAAGAAUAUUCAACGUACUGUUCUUAUGAUGGGACGCUAUGUAGAGCAAAUUCCUGAUGUUCCUGCAGGAAAUACUGUGGGUUUAGUAGGUAUUGAUCAAUAUUUACUCAAAUCUGGAACUAUUGCUACCUCUGAGACUGCCCACAAUAUUGCAUGUAUGAAAUAUUCUGUAUCACCAGUUGUUCGUGUAGCUGUUCGUCCUAAGGAUAAUAAAGAGCUACCCAAAUUGGUUGAAGGAUUAAAGAAACUUUCUAAAUCAGAUCCUUUGGUUGUUUGCACUAAAGAGGAGACAGGCGAACAUAUUAUUGCUGGUUGUGGAGAGUUGCAUGUUGAAAUAUGUUUACAGGACUUAGAACAAGAAUAUGCUCAAAUUGAGAUUAUAGCAUCUGAUCCUAUUGUGUCAUAUAGGGAAACUGUCAUUAAUAUUUCAAGUCAAACUUGUUUAUCCAAAUCUCCAAACAAACAUAAUAGACUUUAUAUGGUAGCUGAACCUUUACCAGAUGGUCUUGCAGAUGAUAUUGAAGAGGGCAAGAUUACUCCUCGGGAUGAUCCUAAAGAAAGAUGUAAUGUGUUGCAUGAUAAAUAUGGUUUUGACAAAAAUACCGCCAUGAAGAUUUGGUGUUUCGGUCCUGAGACUACAGGCCCAAAUCUUCUGAUAGAUUCUACAACAGGUAUCCAGUAUUUGAAUGAAAUCAAGGAUCAUUGUAACUCUGCAUUUCAAUGGGCUACUAAGGAAGGUAUAUUGUGUGAAGAGGAUAUGAGAGGUAUUCGUUUUAACUUAUUGGAUGUGACCUUACAUGCAGAUGCUAUCCAUCGUGGUGCAGGCCAAAUUACUCCAACUUGCCGUAGAGUUAUGUAUGCAGCUCAAUUAACAGCUUCUCCGAGACUUUUGGAGCCAAUGUUCCUGGUUGAAAUAUCUGCUCCUCAGGAGGUUGUUGGAGGUAUCUAUGCAACUCUUAAUCAAAGGAGAGGUCAUGUAUUCCAUGAAGAACCAAAAGCCGGUACUCCUCAGGUAGAAAUUAAGGCAUAUUUACCUGUAGCAGAUUCAUUCAAGUUUACAACUGUUCUCCGUGCUGCCACUUCUGGUAAGGCCUUCCCUCAAUGUGUAUUUGAUCACUGGGAAUUGAUUAAUGGAGAUCCUUUGGAGAAAGGAAGCAAGACAGAAGAACUUGUUAAAUCUAUCAGAAAGAGAAAGAACAUAAAAGAUGAAAUUCCACCUUUGGAUAACUACUUGGAUAAGCUUUAA